UAAGACGUCAAUAAUACAAACUGAGGUGGCACUUUCAGCAGAAACAGUUGAUAUAAGACACGAUCCUCAUAGUAAAAGUGACUGGUUCUGGAAGGGGAUAAUGGAAGACAGUGCUGGUGCUUCUAAGCCAGGCACAAGCAAGCAGAAAUCAAAAGGGAAUUAUUCUGGAGGUGGAAGCCAGGCCCAGGGAGAAGGAAAGUCGAAAGCACAACUAAAGGCAGAAAGAAGAGCAAAACAGGAGGCUCAACGUGCAGCCAAAGGUAAACAUCCGAGUGGUCAAACAACUUCAGAGGAACUAAAGCCAGUUAAAGAUGUGGUGAAAGAUGCAACAAAAGACACAGCAAGUGAUUCAACUAAAUCAAAAGCAGAACUGAAAGCUGAGAGGAGAGCUAAACAGGAAGCUCAGAGGCUAGCCAAGAGUCAAAAACAAGACACAACCACCAAGACCAAGGGAAAUGUUGAUGCUGGAAGAGCAGAGAUUCGAGUCUUAUCAAGUGUUCAAGCUGAUAACGAGAAGCUACAAAAGAGAAUUGCUAAAAAACUUGCAAAAGAGAAUGUCCCACAACGUACAUCAGUGCAGAAGAAAGUUGGUCUUUUUUCACAUCUUCAUCAGUAUGAAAGACAGCAAACUUUGACUAAGGAGAUUAACUUCAGAUCUGGCAGCAUCCAUCCAGCUAUUAUAAAACUGGGUCUACAACAUGCAGAGGGGAUCAUUUGUGGCUCAAAUGCCAGAUGUGUCUCACUUCUAGCAGCCCUAAAACAGGUGAUUGCUGACUACUCAACACCUCUUCAAAAAGAGUUAUCAAGAGACUUGGAAGCUAAACUAAAACCAAAUAUUACGUUUCUGACACAAUGUCGUCCGCUCUCGGUCAGCAUGGGAAAUGCAAUUAAAUACCUUAAGCUGCAGAUUACGCAAACACCACCUAGCAUGUCUGAAAAACAGGCAAAGGCAAAUUUGAUAGAGAAGGUUGACAAGUUCAUCAAAGAGAAAAUAUUUCUUGCUGGUGAAGCAAUUUCUAAAACCUACUCCAUUCAGAAAGUCCAUGAUGGUGAUGUCAUUAUGACAUAUGCCUGUUCAUCUCUGAUCACAAAGAUUUUAAAAGAUGCGUUUCACAGUGGAAAGAAAUUCAGGGUUAUAGUUGUAGAUUCAAGACCAAAGAAUGAGGGAAUUCACUGUCUUAAACAAUUGUUGAAACAUGGCAUAAAGUGCUCAUAUGCACAAAUAACAUCAUUGGCUUAUCUCAUGAAAGAGGUUUCAAAAGUAUUCCUUGGUGCUCAUGCUCUGUUAGCUAACGGUUGUGUGAUGUCCAGAGUUGGUUCAGCUAUGGUAAGCUUGGUAGCAAAGAGAUCCAAUGUUCCUGUUCUGGUCUGUUGUGAGACUUACAAGUUUUGCGAUCGAGUACAGACAGAUGCAUUUGUGUUCAACGAACUAGGUGAUCCUGACGAUCUUAUUCCAGACCGGAAUGCAGUUGGGUCAGAGACACUUCAAAACUGGCGACAACUAGACUCGCUCAAUCUCCUAAAUUUAGUAUAUGAUGUCACUCCUUCUGACUUUGUUUCCAUGGUGAUAACAGAAAUUGGAAUGAUUCCUUGCACUUCUGUACCAGUCGUAUUACGGGUAAAAAAUGUGGAAUAUCAGUAGACGUCAGGUUAUAA